AUGAUUGAUACCGUUGUGAAGAAUGCUUGGCAAUGGCGUUGGCGAUUAUCAGCGGCUAAUACCACACCGUCGAAACUCUAUGUAGUUCUUCCUACUUUGAGAGCCAUCGCUAGAGCCAUUCUGUUAGACCAACAGCAACAACAGCAAUUACAACAGCAACAUAAAAACAGUAAUGUUCUUUUGACCUUGACAGAAUUUAGACAGCGCUAUGCACAUCAUUUCGUAAACGAGAUAGAAUUAACCGAAGAAGAUAUGAAUCUCUUGUUGAGAUAUUUGCAUUCGCAGCAUGGAGUGGCUAUAGUAGAUAAUGUGAAGGGAUAUAAUGCAACUUAUACGGUAAUAAAGUUUCCUGAAGGGGAUGCAAUAGCUGCUUCUUUCAACAAGUUCAAACCUGCAGUUAUUACACAGCAUGAUGAGGCUAUUAUCAGUAUAAGGACAACAUGUCAUGCGCUAUCCGUGCAAGUAGAUGCCUUACAAAAGAAAUCGGAGGAAUUGUCAAAACAAGCCAUAUUAGAAAAAAAUCUAGGACACAAGUCAAAAGCGUUGUAUUGCUUGAGAAGGAAAAACAAUUUACAAGAGAUUCUAGACAGACGAUUACACUCAAUGGAAACCAUGGAUAAUGUUUUGAUGAAGAUUGAACAGGCGAAAGAUGAUUUACAGAUUGUGCAAGCUUUGAAUAUGGGUGCAGAUACAUUAAAGGGGUUAUUAGGCAAAGAUGGUCUAUCGGUAGUCUCUAUAGAUGAGGUGAUGUCAAAAAUUCAAGAUACUUUGGACGAUCAGAAGGAAAUUGAGGUUAUCAUGCAAUCUGGUAUGGACAAUAUAAAUGAUAAUCUCAUGGCAGACCUUGAUGAAGAGGAUGUACAAGAUGAAUUAUCGGAUUUAAUACGUCAAGAGGAGAAAGAGUAUCUAAAUCCUACACAAACCACAAUUCCAACAUUACAACAAAAGCAACAAGCAUAUGCGAUUUCAUCACCCUCAUCAAUAUCAACAUUACCAUCAACGUUAUCAACAAGUAUACCAUCUAAACAACAGCAACAACCAAGCCCUGAAGAAUCAGAAUUAGCAAGAUUAAAUAAUCUCUUCUCCAGCAUGAAAACACCUAAACAUAAUACUAGUAAUGGCAAGGACGACAAUAAGAAAUCUAAAGACAGGGAACCUAUUUUAGCAUAA